AUGUCGUCCACUGAAGCACCUGUUGAAAACUCUAAGCUAGCUGAAUCCACCGCUGUCGCCCAAGACAAGGUCGCAGAGGUGGCGCAUCAGAAGGAGCAGGAAGCCACGGAGACCAAAGAGGCGGCCGUGAAAAGUGCUCAGGACCAGGCCGCCCACGCGGCAGCUGAACCCGAGAAGAAGGUUGAGCAGAAAGUGGAGGCAGCUAAGACCGACGCGGCAGCUCAGGCCGAGGCCGUCAAGGACAAGACCACUGCUGCUAAGCCCGAGGCAACCAAGAGCGAGGAGCAGCCAAGCACUUUCAAAAAGUUCAUGGCUAAGAUCAAGAAGCUUUUGAAGUAG